CGCAAAAUCAGAAAUUCCCCAUCUCUUCUUUCAUCAUUUCCUUCAAAACCCAUCUCUCAGAGAAAGUGUUCAAAAAAAAAAAAAAAAAAGAUAGAGAGAGAGAGAGAGGAAAAAGAGAGAGAAGAGGAAGAAGAGCUGACCCUGGCCAGCGCCACAGGCUGUAAUUUGUAUAGAAAAUUCUUCUCAUUUUUAUUGAAUUUUGGGGAUCAUUUGGUAAAAUGCGUCGAUUUGGGGAGAGUUUUGGAGCAUUCAUCAACAACAGAUGGCUGGUUUUCGUGGCAGCGAUGUGGAUGCAAUCCUGCGCAGGUAUUGGGUACCUGUUUGGAAGCAUUUCGCCUGCAAUAAAGAGCUCCCUCAAUUACAAUCAGCGGCAGAUUGCCCGUUUGGGUGUUGCAAAGGACCUGGGCGACAGCAUUGGAUUCCUGGCGGCGACUCUCUGCGAGUCGCUGCCGAUGUGGGCAGCUCUGCUCGUCGGUGUUCUGCAGAAUUUCGUGGGAUAUGGUUGGGUUUGGCUGAUCGUGACGGGUAGAGUGCCGGCUCUUCCGUUGUGGGCGAUGUGCAUUCUCAUAUUCGUCGGAACAAAUGGAGAGACCUACUUCAAUACAGCUUCACUAGUUUCAUGCGUCCAGAACUUCCCCAAGAACAGGGGUCCAGUAGUGGGGAUAUUGAAGGGGUUUGCUGGUUUGGGAGGUGCAAUUUUAACUCAAGUGUAUGCAAUAAUCCACUCACCGGAUCACGCAUCCCUCAUCUUCAUGGUUGCCGUCGGGCCAUCAAUGGUAGUGAUUGCUCUAAUGUUCAUUGUCCGACCUGUUGGAGGCCACAAACAAGUGCGGCCUUCUGACACUUCAAGCUUCACAUUCAUUUACAGUGUAUGCCUGAUUCUGGCAGCUUAUUUGAUGGGGGUCAUGCUUGUUGAAGAUUUAGUUGAUUUAAGUUAUACCGUGAUUAUAUUAUUCACAGUCAUAUUGUUCCUUCUUCUAUUGGUUCCAAUCACAAUUCCUGUGGUACUUAGUUUUUAUUUGGCGUCCCCACAAUCUCCGGCAGAAGAGAGACUUUUGCCGGAGGACGAGAAGCAACGGCCGGGUAAAUUGGUUCAUUCGACGGACAUGAAUGAGGUUAUUUUAAGUGAGCUCGAAGAUGAGAAGCCAAGGGAAGUAGAUCUGCUUCCUGCAUCGGAGAGGCAAAAGAGAAUCGCCCAAUUGCAGGUGAAAUUGUUUCAAGCAGCAGCUGAGGGGGCAGUGAGGGUGAAGAGGAGGAAAGGUCCACGUAGAGGGGAGGACUUUACUUUGAGGCAGGCAUUGAUCAAGGCGGAUUUCUGGCUUAUUUUCUUUUCACUUCUAUUGGGUUCAGGGUCUGGUUUGACAGUCAUUGAUAACUUGGGUCAGAUGAGCCAGUCGUUGGGGUAUGAUAAUACUCAUAUAUUUGUAUCAUUGAUCAGCAUUUGGAAUUUUCUGGGCCGUGUCGGUGGGGGUUAUCUUUCAGAGAUCAUCGUGAGAGAUUAUGCAUACCCAAGGCCAGCGGCAAUGGCUGUGGCUCAGAUCAUAAUGGCUUUUGGGCACUUCUUCUUUGCCAUGGCAUGGCCCGGAACAAUGUACGUCGGAACACUACUGAUUGGACUCGGAUAUGGGGCUCACUGGGCAAUAGUGCCAGCUGCUGCGUCGGAGCUGUUUGGCUUGAAGAACUUUGGAGCCUUGUACAAUUUCCUCACUCUAGCCAACCCCGCUGGCUCCUUAAUAUUCUCUGGUUUAAUCGCUAGCAGUAUAUAUGAUUAUGAGGCUGAGAAACAAGCUGGGAUACAGCAUCAUCCAAUAAACUUAGUACCCGCUGUCAGAACGAUGCUUAGUGGGGCCUUAGGAGCAGAAGAGUCACUGACAUGUGACGGUGCCAUAUGCUUUUUCCUCACAUUUUUGAUCAUGUCAGGGUUAUGUGUUAUCGCCGUUGUAUUGAGCAUGAUCGUCGUGUAUAGGACCAAGAUCGUCUAUGCCAACCUUUAUGGAAAAACCCGCACUUGAGCUGCUUCUUGUAGUAGAAGCACAACAGUUUAGGCUGCGUUUGGAUGCACAAGUGAAUUGAAUUGUGAAUUGAACUGCCAAUUCAGUUGAUUUUCCUUGGUAUCGGUAGUGAGAAAGGUAUCCCUUGAAUUUCAGCCACGCAGCUUCCGUGUCCAACUUGAAAGUAAUGCAUUGGCUAUGUGUGUGAAUGCUAAGGGAACUACAACUUGAUCAUUUCCACUUUAUUGGACUAGCGAUUGCAAUUUAAUUCAAUAAUGCAUCCAAACACACCCUUGGUGAGGAAAUACAUAUCCAAUAUUUUCUCUAAAACUUCGAUGGUGGUUCCUCUAUUCUAAGAAGAUUCGAUGUGCACGGCAUUCGGAGGUAUUUGUCAAGAAAGAGAAGGUUGGAAGUUGACAUCUUCUUAAAGGCAGGCGUAUCGAUGCCCAGAUAGAUGCUAGUUAUUCAUUGUUUGCUUGCAGAUACCACUCAGCGCUCUCUCGAAUCAUGUAAGUUCUUCUCAAUGUUGUAAGAUCAUGCUAGCCUCUGUUGUUUUGGAAUCCAUUUUAGUUUAGUUUACCUUAAAGUUUGAAGUUUGUAUUUCUACCUCUUGUGUGUGGGAUAUGCUUGUUAUUUGUGCGGGCCCUGCCAUUGAAUUGUUAAGCUGAAACAUUAUGGCAGGCCCCAUUUGAUCUGUUUUUCAAGCCUCACCGUGAAUGCAAUCUAUUUACCUUA